AUGCAAAAGAAAAACAGGAUCGAAAUGGCUGCUGAAGCUUUAGUUCCGUUAGAAUCCAACCCAGACGUUAUUAACAAAUUCCUGCAAAAACAUGGUGUUCCUACAAAAUGGAAUAUCGUCGAUGUAAUGGGACUCGAACCAGAGAUGCUAUCUUGGGUUCCUCGCCCUGUUGCUGCGGUGACACUAUUGUUUCCGAUUUCGGAAGCCUAUGAACAGCAUAAGGGUAAAGAGGAAGCAGAAAUUCUCUCUAAAGGUCAAGAAGUCUCCAACAACCUCUUUUAUAUGAAGCAGAAUAUUAGUAAUGCUUGUGGGACCAUAGCUGUAAUUCAUGCUGUUGCCAAUAAUACUGAUAAAAUUGAAAUUGCUGAUGGACAUCUGAAAAAAUUCUUAGAGGCAGCAAAAGACUUAGAUCCUGCUGCUCGCAGUGCUUUAUUUAAUAAUAGUGAAGGCAUUAUUAAUGCUCAUAAAGAAUUGGCUCAAGAAGGGCAAACUCAAGCUAAUCCCAAUGAACCCGUUAAUCAUCAUUUUAUAACGUUUGUUGAGAAAGAUGGUGUUUUAUAUGAAUUAGAUGGUCGCAAAGCAUUUCCUAUUAAUCAUGGUUCAACAUCAGCAGAGACCUUAUUAGAAGAUGCUGCUAAAAUUUGUAAAGAAUUUAUGGCUAGAGACCCAAAUGAAGUAAGAUUCACAGUCAUGGCUCUGGUUGCUACUGAUUAA